UAUCAGAUACUGACGGUGGUGAUGGCUUGCAACUCAGAAAGGAACAUGCACUCAAGAUUUUUGCUUAUAUCAAUUCUUGGACACAAAGGCAGUGUCUAUGCUGUUUCAAGGAAUAUAAGCAUUUGGAGAUUUUCAACCAAGUUGUGUGUGCACUUAUAAAUCUAGUGAUUGCUCAAGUACAGGCUCUUCGGGACCAGCUGUGUAAACAUUGCACUAUUAACUUAGGUUCAACAUGGCAAGACGAAAAUAAUGCAUCUGAUGAGCCACUGAAUGUAGAAAAAGAAACUCGUGGAGAAGAAGAGAAUGAAGAUAGACACAAAAGUACAGAAGAAAAAAUAGAUUCUGGGAGAGCUUGUAUCCUGACAGAAGAAGAAUCUGCAGAAGGUUCUGAGGCCUUUAGCAUAUGGAGCACUGAGGAGAAAGAAAAACUCUUGCUUUGUGUUGCAAAAAUCUUUCAGAUCCAGUUUCCUCUGUAUACUGCCUACAAGCAUAAUACACAUCCCACAAUAGAGGAUAUUUCUGCACAAGAAAGCAAUAUAUUAGGGGCAUUCUGUGACAUGAAUGAUGUAGAAGUACCAUUGCACUUGCUUCGCUAUGUUUGCUUAUUUUGUGGAAAAAAUGGCCUAUCCCUCAUGAAGGACUGUUUUGAAUAUGGAACUCCCGAAACUUUGCCAUUUCUCAUAGCACAUGCAUUUAUCACUGUGGUUUCUAAUAUCAGAAUAUGGCUGCACAUCCCUGCUGUCAUGCAACACAUUAUACCUUUUAGGACCUAUGUCAUCAGGUAUUUAUGCAAACUGUCGGACCAGGAGUUAAGACAGAGUGCAGCUCGUAAUAUGGCAGAUUUAAUGUGGAGCACGGUUAAAGAGCCAUUAGAUACUGCCUUGUGUUUUGAUAAAGAGAGUCUUGAUCUUGCUUUUAAGUACUUUAUGUCACCAACCUUAACCAUGAGAUUGGCUGGACUUAGUCAAAUAACAAAUCAACUUCAUACUUUCAAUGAUGUGUGUAAUAAUGAAUCCUUGGUUUCAGAUACAGAAACAUCCAUUGCUAAAGAACUUGCAGAUUGGCUAAUCAACAACAAUGUAGUGGAACAUAUUUUUGGACCAAAUUUGCAUAUUGAGAUCAUUAAACAGUGCCAAGUGAUUCUUAAUUUUCUUGCUGCUGAAGGCCGGCUUAGUACUCCGCAUAUAGACUGCAUAUGGGCUGCAGCACAGUUGAAGCAUUGUAGCCGCUAUAUACAUGACUUGUUUCCUUCAUUGAUCAAGAACCUGGAUCCUGUGCCACUCAGACAUCUUCUUAAUUUAGUUUCCAUUCUCCAUCCAAGUGCACAUACCGAACAGACUUUAUAUUUGGCAUCCAUGCUCAUUAAAGCAUUGUGGAAUAAUGCUCUAGCAGCUAAGGCCCAAUUAUCAAAACAGAGUUCUUUUGCAUCUUUACUUAGUACAAACUUACCCAUGGGAAAUAAAAAAGAGGAAGAAGAGCUUCGAAGAGCAGCUCCAUCACCAUGGUCACCUGCAGCAAGCCCUCAAAGCAGUGACAAUAGCGAUACUCAUCAGAGUGGAGGAAGUGACAUUGAAAUGGAGGAACAACUGAUUAGUAGAAAUAAGCAUGUCCAACAGCGACUUUCCGAUACAGAGGAAUCAAUGCAGGGAAGUUCUGAUGAAACUGCAAAUAGUGGUGAAGAUGGCAGCAGUGGGCCUGGUAGCAGCAGUGGUCACAGUGAUGGAUCAAGCAAUGAGGCAAACUCUAGCCAUGCAAGCCAAUCUGCAGGAAGCCCAGGCAGUGAGGUGCAGUCAGAAGAUAUUGCAGAUAUCGAGGCUCUGAAGGAAGAGGAAGAGGAAGAAGAUGAAGACCAGAGUCACAAUUCCCCCAAAACUAGUCGGAAUGUAGAUUUGCGAAGCCGAAAAAUGGAAUCUCAAUCAGGCAUUUGCUUGGGAGAUGCACAGGAAACAACAGAUAGGAAUGGUGUAAACAAUGGAUCUGGGAAUAGCCAUGUUUUUAAUAGUGAAACUGUUCCAUCAGUGGAUAAUAGAAUUAGAAUGCUAGAUCCCUGUUCACACUCAGAGAAUGCUGAUCAUGACAUAACUGGUGAAAUGAGUACUGCUCAUAUAUCCCAGGGCUCUCAAGAUUCCUGUAUCACACACACAGGGGACUUUCUUGGGGAAGCAAUUGGAAAUGAAUUAUUUAACUGUCGACAAUUUAUUGGGCCACAACACCAUCACCACCACCACCACCACCACCAUCAUCACCACCACCACCACCACCAUCAUCAUGAAGGACACAUGGUUGAUGAUAUGUUAAGUGCUGAUGAUGUCAGUUGUAGCAGCAGUCAAGUCAGUGCAAAAUCGGAGAAAAAUAUGGCAGAUUUUGAUGGGGAAGAAUCAGGAUGUGAAGAAGAGCUGGUACAGAUUAAUUCACAUGCUGAACUAACUUCUCAUCUUCAGCAGCACCUUCCAAAUCUUGCUUCCAUUUAUCAUGAGCAUCUCAGCCAAGGGCCAGCAGUUCAUAAGCACCAGUACAACAGCAACGCAGUGACAGAUAUUAACUUGGAUAAUGUUUGUAAGAAGGGAAAUACCCUUUUGUGGGAUCUGGUCCAGGAUGAAGAUGCAAUACAUCUUUCUGAAGGUUUAAUAAAUGAAGCAGAGAAGCUUUUAUGUUCACUAGUAUGUUGGUUUACGGAUAGACAAAUUCGUAUGAGGUUCAUCGAAGGCUGUCUUGAAAAUUUAGCAAAUAACAGAUCAGUUGUAGUUUCUCUUCGCCUUCUCCCAAAAUUAUUCGGUACAUUUCAACAAUUUGGGAGCAGUUAUGAUACACAUUGGAUUACAAUGUGGGCUGAAAAAGAACUUAAUAUGAUGAAACUUUUCUUUGAUAAUUUGAUACACUACAUUCAAGCAGUCAGAGAAAGACGGCAUAAACACACAUUAUACAGCCACAGCGCAGAGGUUCAGGUGCGUCUUCAGUUUCUGACUUGUGUCUUUUCCACUCUGGGAUCACCAGAUCAUUUCAGGUUGAGUCUGGAACAAGUUGAUGUACUAUGGCACUGCUUAGUUGAAGAUUCUGAAUGUUAUGAUGAUGCUCUACACUGGUUCUUAAAUCAAGUAAGAAGUAAAGAUCAGCAUGCUAUGGGAAUGGAAACCUACAAGCAUCUUUUUUUAGAAAAGAUGCCUCAGCUGAAGCCUGAAACAAUUAGUAUGACUGGAUUAAACUUGUUUCAGCAUUUAUGUAAUUUGGCUCGAUUGGCUACUAGUGCAUAUGAUGGUGGUUCAAACUCAGAGUUGUGUGGUAUGGACCAAUUCUGGGGCAUUGCUUUAAGAGCUCAAACUGGAGAUGUGAGCCGGGCAGCUAUACAGUACAUUAAUUCCUAUUAUAUUAAUGGUAAAACAGGUCUGGAGAAAGAACAGGAAUUUAUUAGCAAGUGCAUGGAAAGCCUAAUGAUAGCAUCUAGUAAUCUAGAACAAGAUUCUCAUUCCAGUCUUACCAUUAUUGAACGAGGACUUCUCAUGCUUAAAACUCAUUUAGAAGCUUUUCGGAGAAGAUUUGCAUACCAUUUGAGACAAUGGCAAAUAGAAGGCACUGGUAUCAGCAGCCAUUUAAAAGCAUUGAGUGAUAAACAAUCACUACCUCUCAGAAUUGUUUGUCAACCAGCUGGACUUCCUGACAAAAUGACCAUUGAAAUGUAUCCAAGUGAUCAGGUGGCAGAUCUAAGAGCUGAGGUUACGCAUUGGUAUGAAAAUUUGCAGAAAGAACAGCUGAAUCAGCAAGCACAUCUGCAAGAAUUUGGUCAAAUCAGUAGAAAAGGAGAUUUUCCAGGGGGUCUCAUGGGGCCUGUAAGAAUGAUUUCUUCUGGACAUGAACUAACAACUGACUAUGAUGAAAAAACUCUUCAUGAAUUGGGGUUUAAAGAUAUGCAGAUGGUCUUUGUGUCCCUGGGCGCUCCAAGGAGAGAGCGAAAAGGGGAAGGAGUUCAGCUUCCAGCAUCUUGCUUGCCAGCACCUCAGAAGGACAACAUCCCAAUGCUCUUACUUCUGCAAGAGCCGCAUCUUACCACCCUGUUUGAUUUGCUAGAAAUGCUUGCCUCCUUUAAGCCUCCACCCGCAGAAGUGGCUAUGGAAGAUAGUGAGAGUGCAAAAUGUGAAGAACUCCACCUUCAUGCAGAAAAUCUUUCAAGGCGAGUUUGGGAGUUGUUAAUGCUACUGCCUACAUGUCCUAAUAUGCUUCAAGCAUUUCAAAAUAUUUCAGAUGAUCAGAGCAAUGAUGGAUUCAGUUGGAAAGAUCUUUUAAGAAUAAAAAGUGCUCAUAAACUUUUGUAUGCCCUUGAAAUAAUCGAAGCGCUUGGAAAACCUAAUAGAAGAAUAAGACGAGAAUCCACGGGAAGUUACAGUGAUCUUUACCCAGAUUCCGAUGAUUCAAGUGAAGAUCAAAUAGAAAAUAGUAAAAACAGUUGGAGUUGCAAGUUUGUGGCUUCUGGAGGGCUUCAGCAGCUCUUGGAGAUAUUUAAUUCUGGAAUUUUAGAACCUAAGGAACAGGAAUCAUGGACAGUUUGGUUAUUAGAUUGUCUGGCUUGCUUGCUGAAGUUGAUAUGCCAGUUUGCUGUGGAUCCUUCAGAUUUGGAUUUAGCUUAUCAUGAUGUUUUUGCCUGGUCUGGAGUAGCAGAGAAUCACAGGAAAAGGACUUGGCCAGGAAAAUCACGGAAAACUGCAGGAGAUCAUACAAAAGGCCUUCACAUACCCCGUUUAACAGAGGUAUUUCUUGUACUUGUCCAGGGAACCAGUUUGAUUCAGCGACUUAUGUGUGUUGCUUAUACAUAUGACAACUUGGCGCCUAGGGUGUUGAAAGCUCAAGCUGAUCAUAGGUCAAGACAUGAAGUUACUCACUAUUCAAUGUGGUUGCUAGUGAGUUGGGCUCACUGUUGUUCAUUAGUAAAAUCCAACCUAGCAGAUAGUGAUAAUUUACAUGAUUGGCUGAAGAAACUUACUCUUCUAAUUCCGGAGACUGCAGUUCGCCAUGAAUCUUGUAAUGGUCUUUAUAAAUUAUCACUGUCAGGGUUGGAUGGUGGAGACUCCAUAAAUAGGUCUUUCCUGCUGCUAGCUGCCUCAACACUGCUUAAAUUUCUUCCUGAUGCCCAGGCACUGAAACCUAUUAAGAUUGAGGAUUAUGAAGAAGAACCCAUUUUACAGCCUGGCUGUAAAGAAUAUUUCUGGUUGCUAUGCAAACUAAUAGAUAAUAUACAUGUAAAAGAUGCUAGUCAGACAACUUUACUUGAUUUAGAUGCCUUAGCAAGACAUUUGGCUGAUUGUAUUCGAAGCAGAGAAAUUCUUGAUCAUCAAGAUGGUAAUACUGAAGAUGAUGGCCUUACAGGUCUCCUACGUUUAGCAACAAGUGUUAUCAAACAUAAACCACCUUUUAAAUUUUCCCGAGAGGGGCAGGAAUUCUUGAGAGAUAUUUUUAACCUUCUGUUCUUAUUGCCAAGUCUAAAAGAUCGACAACAACCAAAAUGCAAGUCACAUUCUUCAAGGGCUGCUGCUUACGACUUACUGGUAGAAAUGGUAAAAGGUUCUGUAGAAAACUACAGGCUCCUCCAUAACUGGGUUAUGGCACAACAUAUGCAGUCUUCUCAUGCACCUUAUAAAUGGGAUUAUUGGCCACAUGAUGAUGUUAGAGCUGAAUGCAGGUUUGUGGGUUUAACCAACCUUGGGGCGACUUGUUACUUGGCAUCGACUAUUCAACAAUUAUAUAUGAUUCCAGAAGCCAGACAAGCCAUUUUUACUGCAAAGUAUUCUGAGGACAUGAAACACAAGACUACUCUUUUAGAACUUCAGAAAAUGUUCACGCAUUUAAUGGAAAGUGAAUGCAAAGCAUAUAAUCCAAGGCCAUUCUGCAAAACCUACACCAUGGAUAAACAGCCACUAAAUACUGGUGAACAAAAGGACAUGACAGAAUUUUUUACAGAUCUUAUAACAAAAAUUGAGGAAAUGUCUCCAGAAUUGAAGAAUACUGUGAAAAGCUUGUUUGGAGGUGUUAUCACAAACAAUGUUGUUUCUCUGGACUGUGAGCAUGUUAGCCAAACUGCUGAAGAAUUCUAUACAGUAAGAUGUCAAGUAGCAGAUAUGAAGAAUAUUUAUGAAUCUCUUGAUGAAGUUACUAUUAAAGAUACCCUAGAAGGUGAUAACAUGUAUACUUGUUCACACUGUGGGAAGAAAGUACGGGCCGAAAAAAGGGCAUGUUUUAAGAAAUUACCUCGAAUCUUAAGCUUUAAUACAAUGAGAUACACUUUUAACAUGGUUACUAUGAUGAAGGAAAAGGUCAACACACACUUCUCAUUUCCUUUACGUUUGGAUAUGACCCCUUAUACUGAAGAUUUUCUCAUGGGAAAAAAUGACAGAAAAGAAGGUUUUAAGGACGAUGGCAGUAGUUCAAAGGAGACCAAGAGUUAUGAGUAUGAUUUGAUAGGUGUAACUGUCCAUACAGGAACUGCUGAUGGGGGGCAUUACUACAGCUUUAUCCGAGAUAUUAUUAAUCCUCAUGCUUACAAAAACAACAAGUGGUAUCUUUUCAAUGAUGCUGAAGUAAAGCCAUUUGAUUCUGCUCAGUUGGCUUCUGAAUGUUUUGGUGGAGAAAUGACAACAAAAACCUAUGACUCUGUCACCGAUAAAUUUAUGGAUUUCUCUUUUGAAAAGACUCACAGUGCAUACAUGCUCUUCUAUAAACGAAUGGAACCAGAAGAAGAAAAUGGUAAAGAUUAUACAUUUGAUGUUUCUUCUGAAUUACUAGAG